CUGGUGUCACGUGCGCGCCCCACCUCGGGGGCGGUGGCGGCCCUAGGGAAAGUUCCCGGCGGGACGCGGCGGGUGCAGGUAGCACUGGACUGUCCCUAUGGCGGAGAAGUUGGAUCCCCGAGAUUCAGAGAGCAGCUGGGUGCUGGCGGGCAGUGAGGGUCUGCCCGUUGAGACAGUGGGUCCAGAGCAGGACUCGACCUCCCACAGGUCUGACAAUGAGGAACCGCAGGAGGAGGAUGAAGGCACCCAGGACACAGUCACAGCCAUGGCCACCAAUGGUGUGACUACCUUCUCCAGCCAGACCUUGUGCCUUGAGGGUAGCAAGCAGGGGAGCCCAGAGGAGUGUGAGGACUUCAGCACAUGGGCAAUGCCUGCCUUGGAUGGCUCUGCAGAGCCCAGGACAUUGGAGGGCGAUGAGCAGGAGGAGCUGAAUGCUGAGGCUGAGCCACAACCCUUCCCUGACACCCCCCAAGCAGAGCCAGCAAUGGAGGACAUGUGCCGCACCAGCAGUGACAAUAGCAUGGAGGGGCUGCGGUGGCGGCAGGGCCACAAGCCACAUCCUGGGCACCCCACUGUCAUGCCUGCCCCACACCGGGGGACAGCAGACACCAGUGAUGACGGGCUCAGUAUGAGCAAGUACCUGCUUGGUGUCUUGGCGUUGGUUGCUGUGGGGCUGCUCAUCAUCACUGGUGGUAUCUAUGACAUGGCAGAUGGCCCUGUGGAGAGUGUGGAGAGCUGGGACUUGGCUGCUGGGGAGCAGGAGUCGCUGUUGUCUAUAGACAGCAAUGACUCGCAGCAGAAGCCCCCUCUGCCAGAUGCUGGGGGCCCACAGAGCAUGCAGUCUAUGAACCAACUCCUGGACAAGCUGGCCAAAGAGAACCAGGAGAUCCGGCUCAUGCAGGCAGAAUUACAGGCCCACAAAGAAGAUCUGCGGGCACUGCUGCACAAGAGUGAGCGUGGGGUGGCAGCAGCCGAAGCACAGCAGCAGAGUCUGGCUGCAGAAAAUGCGCAGCUUCGUGCGGCACUGGAGCGGGAAGUCAUCGCACUGCGGGAGGCCCGGGCUGAGCUGCGGCACUUGCAGGCCACAGGGGCACCAGGCAGCACCAGGGAGCCAACAGCAGAGCAGCCACAUGCCACAGGUGCGCCAGUGCACAGCAAGGCCGCAGCACGGUGGCAUGGCAGUCUGAAUUCAUUGCGGCAGGAGCUAGCAGACACCCUGGACCGUAUACAGGGCUCUGAGGAUUUCAAGGGGCUUGUGGAGGAACUAAGCACCCUGGAUCAGCACCUGGCCCAGGUGCUGGAGGCAGAGGGGUUGGGGUCCUUCUCCACACCCUGGAAGAAGCCAUUCAAGGUGGAGAAGGAGAGCAGGUGGCACAAACAGCAUGGCGUUAAGGGGUCCCCCCACAAGCAGGAGAGGAGAGAGCAUGGCAAACCCCACAAGAAGGAUCCCCAAACCGCCUGUGAACACAAGCCAGGCAAAGCCUGUGGGAAGGUGUCUCACAGACACCCCCAGCAUAGUUCCCAUGAGGUGCCCCGGCUCAGGCAGUACCGGGCACCACAGGGCUGUUCUGGGGUGACUGACUGUGCCCAGAAGGAGGGCCAGGAAGUUCUUGGGGCUGCACUGGAGCCAGUGCAAAAGGUGCAGUUCCUGCAACUGCUGGAGACCUUCAUGGGGCAGUUGGGCUUGGGGGGACAAUAUAGGAGGCUGGCAUCGCGGCUUGAUGGGGCCUUUAGGGCUGACGGUGUCUUUGCCCAUGACCGCCUGCGGUUUGUCGAUUUUGUGGAUGAUGUGGAGGAGAUGCUUGAGGAGAUAGCGUGGCAGGAGUUGGGCGACAAGGAGGCGGUUGAUGACUUCGAGGAGUACAUGCUGCAGCACUACACACCUCCAGGAACGUGUGGAGCCAGAGAGCCCCAAGGCAGCAUGGCAAGCAAGGGUAGAGCCAGGGGGCCAGUGUUGUAGUGUGCCAGCACCCCCACACAAGGGCUCCCCACGUGCUGUUUAUGGGCGUCUUGGGGCUACCAUUGCACCCUGUAGGGUCAAGUAGGGCCACAUCCCCAACCAAAUGCACUGUGUGAUGCUGCAUCAUGAAUAAAGUCACU